AUGAUUUUUCCUGUAUUUCUUCUAGUUUCCAUUAUUUUUCCACUCAUCUUCUGCCAAUGCCGUGAUCUUCAUCCAAACUGUGAUUUGUUCAAAACUCUUGAUCUUUGUACAUCAGUUAGUUCUCAAAAAGCAAUCAUGAAAUACAAUUGUGCGUCUUCUUGUGGAUUUUGUGGAAAGCAAGCCGGAAGUUGUGUGGAUCGUUUGUCAAACUGUGCCGAUUAUAAAUCUUCAGGACUUUGUGAAACUGAUGAUAAGCUACGUAUUGAAUAUGCUUGCCCAGUUACUUGUAAUGUUUGUUCUACUCCUGUAUAAUC